UGCUUAUGUGCAGUGGAAGGGAGAGAUGGCAGUUAUUCAGUUUCAAGCUCUCCCAUUUCAUGCUCGUUUCUCUUCUUCUCGUUCUCGUUCUCCUUUGGCGUUCCCAAACACAGGCAAGUCUGUGAAUGGCUUCUCGAAUUUUUCGUCGGGGUCAGGUGGUCAUGCAUUAACAAUCCGAUCAAAGAAAAAUGCAAAACCAGGUGUCACUCUGUGCUCAGCACAGCCACAAUCGGCGCAAGAGGAGAAGGAGGAGCUUGGUAUUGUUAGAGAGAGAAGCGUGUCCGUUGUCUUACUGGCUGGAGGGAAGGGCAAGAGGAUGGGAGCCAACAUGCCAAAGCAGUAUCUUCCUCUUUUGGGUCAACCCAUUGCUUUGUUUAGUUUUUACACUUUUUCUCACAUGGUUGAAGUGAAAGAAAUCAUUGUUGUUUGUGAUCCUACUUACAAAGACAUCUUUGAAGAUGCACAAGGAAAUGACCAAGCUGAACUUAAAUUUGCACUGCCUGGAAAAGAAAGACAGGAUUCUGUUUACAGUGGCCUUCAGGCCGUUGAUUCAAACUCUGAGCUUGUUUGCAUUCAUGAUUCUGCAAGACCUUUGGUAUUAUCAGGAGAUGUUAAAAAGGUCCUUAAAGAUGGAUUAUUGAACGGAGCUGCUGUUCUUGGCGUCCCUGUGAAGGCCACAAUCAAAGAGGCAAAUAGUGAAUCGUUUGUAGUUAGAACACUGGACAGGAAAACGCUAUGGGAGAUGCAAACCCCACAGGUUAUCAAGCCAGAGUUGCUGAGGAAAGGCUUUGAGCUUGUAAAUAGAGAGGGUCUUGAAGUUACAGAUGACGUAUCCAUUGUUGAGCACCUUAAACAUCCUGUUUAUAUCACUGAAGGAUCUUAUACCAACAUCAAGGUAGUCAAACUUCCUAUUUCUUCUCUAUUGGAUGCUACGUUGUUAGCCACUUAUUACAUAAAACCUUGUUUUGGAAGUUGUAACUCACAUCAUCUGCUGCCAUGAAGAAUAUUUUAAACACACUCUUUAACACACUUUUAUUAUUUAUUAGUUUUUAGAAAAGUUAAAGUAAUAUUUUAAAAUUAAUUAAUUUUCGAAGCAAGUGUUUUGACUUAAAAAAAACUAAUUAAAUACAAUAGAUUAAAAAGUGUGUUACUACGUUAUUUAUGCUUCAAUAUGAUGUGCUUCUGAUACCAUGUUGCUGGCACGCGCUUAGUCUAACUAAGCCAGUCCCAAAACUAGAAGAGAGAUGUUUCUUAUUAAGAAAGCGAAUGAGCAUGAAUUCACGUGCUUUUAUGUUUUUUUCAAAUUUCGUUUUGUACCAUUUACUAUUUUCAAAACUGAAAAAAAAAUCCGGGCUUAAAAGAAUUUGAGCCGGAAAAACUGGGCUCUUGGGCGUAGGCAUAACUUAUCUUAGGUAAAUAGAAAAGAAUUUGGGCUUGGUUUGAUCAGUUAUAACAAGUUAAAUUUGAUUUUACUUAUUUUAUUGUGAAUUUUACUCGUUUGUUUUAGACAAAAAGAAGACACAUUUUUUUGUUAUAAACUUACCUCCUUUGACAUAUUUGGUAUCCCGAAUCGCGUGCACUUUAACAUAUUUGACUUUAAAAAUAAAAUUAACUAACAACGAAAAAUUUUCUUGAAUUCAUUUUUUCUUUACGUUUGGCUUCGAUAAAGAAAAUUACUUAUUCUAGCAGUUGCAUUGAAGCAUGUAGGCCCUGUUACAAAAUACUAGAGAUAUAAACUUGUAUUGGGAACUGUUUUGCAGGUUACUACGCCUGAUGACAUGUUACUGGCAGAGAGAAUAUUGAAUCUAAAUUCUGGGGAAAAUAUAGUUUUGCCGUUUCACCUUUAAAGGGAAAUCGUUCUCAAUUAAUUUUUCCAUGAAAGAAAAGUUACUUUUGGUCCUGCAAGGUGUAAACCAUCUCACAGCACAGAAAACGGUAAAGAAAUUUUUGAGUGGCUUUGUAUCACUUAUUUUGAGAUUUGUGAACACACAUGGUGCUUGCUUGAAACAAGGAAAAUGUCCCCGCAUGGGAGCGAAUAUCCACUUCAAUCUUCAAAGCUAGUUUGGCAACACACGUGAUGAAGUCACGUUUAUCUUGAAUUUCUGAUUCAAUAAGGUUUUUCAAGAUGAAGGAUUCAAAUUAUUGCAAUAAAACCUUCAAAAAUAAAAUUAUUGCAAUGAAUAAUUUACAAACGAAAACAGAACUUUGUUUAAUAUGAAUUAUGAUUGAUAUUUUAAUUUUUUAAUAAGUUUAUACUCAAUGAAACAACAAAACAAAACUAAAUAAGGAAUAUUGAAUUGUCAAUUUGACAAAUGCCAUCAUGCAAUUUUUUGCAAAAUUUUGGUAGUGCAUCAGUUCUAGUGGUGUAAACAUUCAAUUUACAGUAGUGACACAACACAUGACAAGAAAAAAUCAAUCUGAUGGACAUUAUUUUUUACAUUGUUUUGAAAAAUAGUUUAUAACUUGUUAUUAUUUUGGUAAAACUGCCUGCCAUUCUAGCAUAGAGACAACAAAAGGACAAACCAUUGGACUUGGUGUGAUUGAUACCCCCUGGUCGAAUCGGCAAUGACAAAAUUGUGCAAAUCACAACAAACGAAUAACAAAUAUUUCUUAUUAAAUUUUUUUAAUUAUUUUAAAAACUAACAUCAAUUAUUUAAGUAAAUAUUCUUAAAAUAUUGAUUAAUAUUUGGGUUCUCAAUAAUUCUCUGAAUUUACUUACGAGUGGUUUUAAGUAAAUUAAACUGUUAGCUGUAAAACACAAGAUGCUUGAAGAAAGACCAGCAAUUUUACCCGUGCUAGGCGAAGUGCCUUUCUAUGCCCGGUCGCGCACGCUCACUAACACCCCGCCAGUUCUUUGCUACUCCAACUCAUUUCCAUCCUUUUUUUUUUCCCCAUUUUACUAUAUAUCCUAUACACAGAGUUAGUCCUAAAUUUCAUUUGUACGAGAUGCUUGGGUGCGCUUCAAUUUGGAAGUAUAGAAGUAGCAAGAAUUAUAAAAAAGCAAAUAAGAUUUCGUAGAAUGGAAACUAGGAAGGUUUCAAUGUUUCUCUUUAUUAGUUCUUUAAAUAAAGGAUGGAGCAAAGGGAACACAGAAGCUGAACCACAUAACCUUCACAUUUCACACUCGCAUCCUUCAAGAAUAGCUCAGAGAAAGAAAGAAAAGUAGGAAA